AUGUCUCUAGACGAAAACGUGUCAUUCUUUGCAUAUGCUGGAUUUGUGGUUGUGGUUUUAUUCUUCCAGUAUCUCGUCUCAGCUCAGCAAUCGGAUGUAGUACAGAAUACUGUAGCACGUCGUGAGGACUUGCAUUUGCAACGCAAAUUCCAGCAUCUCGGGACAGGGGUCAUGAUCUAUGCCGGCUUUGGCUACUGUGAUCGAUUAACUGGUAUUUCAAUGUUGCUCGUCUUUGCACUGCUUUUCUGUGGAUUACGCAAGCUAAGAAGCUGUAGCAACGCAGUAAAUGCUGCUUACAUCAAAUGUUUUAGCAGUAUCCUACGGCAGCAUGAGGUCUCAAGAUUGGCACUACCAGGUGCCUACUAUUUUUUACUUGGCUCGAGCUUUUCACUUGCAAUAUUCCCACUAAAAGUAGCACGACUGGCUAUUCUUCAUUUGUCGGUGGGAGAUCCAGCGGCAGCAUUUUUUGGGACGUUGUAUGGUCGGCACAAACUCGUGACGUUAUUUGGAAAGCUAGGUGGCAACAAGUCUCUGGAAGGAUCCAUUGGAUGCUUCUGUGUCGCUGCUGCAGCUACGUUUUCAGCAUUAAUUGCAGAGCAAAAGUUCUUUUUUGGCAUGACAGGCGAGGCGGAAGUUGUUGAAAUAGCUUGGACAAUCUCACUGGCUGCAGGAGUUGGUGCAGCAGUCGCAGAGCUGGUGGACAUCGGUGGAUGGGACGAUAACUUGACCCUUCCUUUGUUGUCAGGAGUUUUUUUGCAGUCUACCGUUGGGCAUCUUCUCUAG